AUGUCACCCCCAUCUGGCUGUGGUGUGUGCGGCAAGGAAGAUGAAGUUCUCCGCUGCUCUGGCUGCAGAGUGAUGAUGUACUGUGGUGUCGAACACCAGACCACUCACCGCCAAGAGCAUAAGUCUGCUUGCAGCGCCAUCAGAAAAUGUCGUGUUGCUAUGGAGAAGGAAGAACAGGCCUUACGGGCUCUUCCAGAUAAUCCCUACACCUAUGGCGUCGGUAACUUCUGGAAGAUCUUCGAGACACGUCCUUACAUGCAAUCCCGCGUUGCCCUGUGCAAUGCCAUGAGCAAUAUUCCGAAUGCCGAAUCACUUGGAGCACAACUCGACCUAUUGAUGGAAAACCUGCGACUCUGCCGAACUGAUAAUAUGGGCUCGCGAGACGUCAUUCCCGGCCUGAUGGACCAGGAGUGCUACGACUUUUUGAAGUGGUGGGCUACGACCGGCCAGGAUCCCAAUUAUGAUUGGGGUAACACCACUCUGCCGUACCUCGAUAUCAGGAACGCCAAUCCACUCGAGCCAGUCGAUAUGUUCCGUGGCAAGUCGUUUGAUCUUCCCCAUAUCGUUUCUGUGACUCUGGUGAAGAUCAAAGUGCUUCAAGUGAUCCUCACAAGCAUGAAACCUACCGAUGAAGGUGUUGCCCACAUGUUGGGACUCAGAAAGAAACCUUCGACUAUCGCCAAAAAUCCCAAUAUCGCCAACUGUGAGGACAGAUCGCUCACAGGUGUGAAGCUCAGGGCUCAGAUUCGCGCUUUGUACGAGGACGUCCAUAAAAUAAACCCCCACUUUUGGCCGGCUCUUGUGGACCCGGGUGAACACUUGGAGGCCAAAACUACGAUGUUUUCGAUUGGGAGUGUGGAAGAGAUGCGAAUGAUCCUGAAUCUGACUUAUGAAGCAUGGCAAGAUGCUCCUGGGGCCAUUGCUGUUAUUCAGAUGGCCAUGGAGGAUAAACUUUGA